AUGGUGAUGCCGCAUCGCCCCUCCUCCUCCGGCAUGCAGAACAUCCGCCGGGAGCUCCAGCGCCGGAGGCCCAAGCCCUUGGCGCCCAAGAGCUCGGUCGCCAUGAAGUCCUCCGCGCCGCCGCCGCCGUGUGAGAGUCCUCGCUACACGAGCCGGGAACCACGCCCUCGUCCCCCGAGCGAGAAGAUCCCGUCGUCGUUCGCCGCCCAGUCCCGAUGCCGCGCCGGCACCGACGCGCCGCAGCCUCGGCCACACGCUUCGCGGUGCCCACCCGUCGCCUCUCGCCCGACGCCGCCGUCUUGGUCCGCCGUCUCUUCGGCUCCCGGCGCCGCCGCGCAUCUGAGGCCCGGCACGGCGGUAGGUGUCCGCACGAGGACCACGACGCUCAAGACGGGGGAGGCUCUCGUGCUCUGGCUCAAAGCGAUGGUCGUGUCGCCCACCCAGGAAGGCUACGAGAUCGUCUACGACGGCAACUGGCCGCCCAGCGACCCCUACGGCACCGUCCACGUCCCGCGCCGACACGUCCGGAUGAUGAACCCGUCGCCGACGACCCCUCCGCCACCUCCGUCCUUCGCCGCCAUCCCGUGCGCCUCGGCCACCACCGCCGCCGUGCCCGCCGCGCAGAAGAAAGAGACGCAGCCCGCGCCGAGGCCGACCAGGGCGGGGAAGAGCCUGCGCCUCAUCCGCCGCAGCCUCUUGCCGGAGAUGGAGCGCCAGGCCCGGGCUGACUCGCAUGGAUACUACUAG